AUGACUGGUGCCACAGGGAAUGAGGAUACACAGUCAGGAUUUGGCGAUGCCACCACAGAGCUCCCACCCUCUUUACUGCCCUGUAGACUCUCAGUUAACCAGAGUUUCCCAAAGACUUGGCACCGAGAAUGGGGACAGCUGAAACAGGCCACAGCCGGCCCUGCCUGCUCACGCCUGGAUCUGGAUGCCCAGUCCUGCCGGCUCCUGGGCACUGCAGGCAAGGCACCAUCACCACCCCUGCUGCCCGAACGUGCAGGGGAGAAGGUGGAGGCUCUGUCCGCACAGCUGCGCCUGGUUACCCGUGAGAGGAAUGAGCUACGCAAGCGCCUGGCCUUGGCUGCCCAAGGGGCCACCUUGGACAAGAGGCCCUACCACCGGCUGAAUCCCGACUAUGAGCGGCUGAAGAUACAGUGUGUGCGGGCCAUGUCGGACCUGCAGAGCCUCCAGAACCAGCACACUAGCGCCUUAAAGAGGUGUGAGGAGGUGGCCAAGGAGACCGACUUCUACCACACCUUGCACAGCCACCUCCUGAGUGAGCAGAUGCAGCUGAAAGAUGAUGUGGCCAUGCUGCGACAGGAGAAUGGGCAGCUACGGCGGGAACGGAACCUGCUCCAGCAGUCCUGGGAGGACAUGAAGCGGCUGCACGAAGAGGAUCAGAAGGAGAUUGGGGACCUCCGGGCCCAACAGCAGCAGGUGCUAAAGCAGAAUGGCUCCUCGGAGAUUCUCAACAAGCUCUAUGACACAGCCAUGGACAAGCUGGAAGUAGUGAAGAAGGAUUAUGAGGCACUGCGGAAGCGCUACAGCGAGAAGGUAGCCAUGCACAACUCGGAUCUCAGCCGCCUAGAGCAGUUGGAUGAGGAAAACCAGCGGCUGCUGAAACAGACAGAGAUGCUGGCGCAGCAGCGCAACACUGCCAUCCAGCUGCAGCACCAGUGUGCCCUCUCUCUGCGCAGGUUCGAGGCUGUGCACCACGAGCUCAGCAAAGCCACGGCUCAGAACAAGGACCUGCAGUGGGAGAUGGACCUGUUGCAGUCGGAGCUCACGGAGCUCAGGAGCACGCAGGUAAAGACGGCCAAGGAGUCGGAGAAAUACAAGGAGGAGCGGGAUGCGGUGUACAGCGAGUACAAGCUCAUCAUGAGUGAGCGGGACCAGGUCAUCUCGGAGCUGGACAAGCUGCAGACCGAGGUGGAGCUGGCCGAGUCCAAACUCAAGAGCAGCACGUCAGAGAAGAAGGCGGCCAGUGAAGAGAUGGAAGUGCUGCGGCAGCUCAAGGACUCAGGGCCACCAGACGCUGGGAGGGCCAUCCAGGAGGCUGAGGCCCUGCGGAAGCAGUGCAAGGCACUGUGCCAGGAGCUCAAGGAAGCGCUGCAGGAGGCCGACGUGGCCAAGUGCCGGCGAGACUGGGCCUUCCAGGAGCGUGACAAGAUUGUGGCUGAGCGGGACAGCAUUCGGACCCUGUGUGACAACUUGCGGAGGGAGCGAGACCGGGCAGUGAGUGAGCUGGCAGAGGCGCUCCGGGGCCUGGAUGACACGCGCAAGCAGAAGAAUGACAUCAGCCGCGAGCUCAAGGAGCUCAAGGAGCACGUAGAGUCGCAGCUGGAGAAGGAGUCACGUUUCCGACAGCUGCUGGCCCACAGCUCACAUGACUCAGCCAUCGACACUGACUCCAUGGAGUGGGAGACGGAGGUGGUGGAGUUCGAGCGAGAGUCGGAUGACGUGGACCCCAAGACUCUUGGCUUUGACAUGGCUGAAGGGGUGAAUGAGCCGUGCUUGCCUGGGGACUGUGGUAUAUUCGUCACCAAGGUUGACAAAGGCAGCAUUGCUGAUGGCCGCUUACGGGUGAAUGACUGGUUGCUGCGGAUCAAUGAUGUGGACCUAGUCAACAAGGACAGGAAGCAGGCACUGAAGGCCUUGCUGCUUGGAGAUGGGGCCAUUAACAUGGUGGUGCGGAGACGCAAGUCGCUGGGCGGGAAGGUGGUCACGCCGUUGCAUAUCAGCCUGGGGGGCCAGAAAGACAGCGGCAUCAGCCUGGAGAAUGGGGUUUAUGCAGCUGCUGUGGUGCCUGGAAGCCCAGCUGCCAAGGAAGGCUCUCUGGUCGUGGGGGACAGGAUUGUGGCGAUAAAUGGCAUUGCGCUAGACAACAAGUCUCUGAACGAGUGUGAGUCGCUUCUCCGCAGCUGCCAAGAGUCUCUGACUCUCUCACUCCUGAAGGUCUUCCCUCAGAGCACCUCGUGGAGCGGCCAGAACAUCCUGGACAGCAUCAGGGACUCGGAGAAGACGCUGAGCUUCCGAGCGGCUGGGCCGGAUGUGCAGAGCCAGCCGAGGCGCAACGGGGCACCGCCCAGCAGCCCAGCGCAGACUGAGCUCUUCCCAGCCGACAGGUUGGAGGAGAGGAAGGACCUGGGGCCUCCAGGGGACAGCAGCUCAUUCCUGCACAGGCCGUUCCCAGGGGGAACUUUCCAGGCCUCCCCCCAGGCCUGCCCCAGCGUCUCAGAAAGGAGCCUUGUCUCCCUGCGUUCUGACACCUCGGGGGACCGCAGCUAUGGGCUGGUGGAUUCCCGGGGCCACGGACCACUGUUGCCCUUCGAGGCAGAGCCAGAGCCCUGCGGGGCAACUGAGGCACCCCUGGACCAGGCAGAGCCCGAGAGCACCAGUCCUGGGGGCACCUGGCCCAAGGCCGCACUCGGCUCUGUGGGUCGACCCGAGAAACUGUCUGUGUACAAGAAGCCGAAGCAGAGGAAGUCGAUCUUCGACCCCCACACUUUCCAGCGCCCCCCGACCCCACCGCGCCUCGAAUUCCUGCUCCCUGGGCCCUCCUGCUCCCCGCAGCCCUCCAGAAGGUCGGGGCCCUUGACCCCGCCCAAGCCGCCCCGUAGGACCGACUCUAUCAAGUUCCAGCAGCGGCUGGAAACCAGCUCCGAAUCAGAGGCCACUCUGGUGGGCAGCUCCCCAUCCACCAGCCCCCCCGGACCGCUGCCCCCUGACGCCAAGCCUGGUGCGCCCCUGCACGCCUCCCCGCCACGCAAGACCCGGGUCCGCAUCGCCUCCAGCUACUACCCUGAGGGCGAGGCUGAUGCCACCUACUUGCCUGCCAAGAAGUCCUGCGAUGAGGACCUGACGGCCCAGAAGGGGGAUGAGCUGGGGCCCAAGCGCCCCCGCCCCAAGUCUGCGCCCAGCUUCAGGCCCAAGCUGGCUCCUGUGGUGAUCAGCUCCCAGUUCCUGGAGGAGCAGAAGCGUGGACCCUCCCUUGGUGAGCGCUCCCUGGAGUCCCAGGACUGGCCAUCCUCAGGCCGCCCCACCAAUGCACCCCUCUACCCACACCGGCCAUGCGUGGGAACCGUCCCCCGGAGUAUGACCCCCAGCUCCACUCUGAGCUCCACCCUGAGGAACCCUGUCUACACUGUGCGCGGCCACAGGCUGGGCCCCUGUGGGUCUCCACCAGUGCCCAGAGAGCUCAGCGUCCCAGGCCUGCAGCCCAGUGCCCAGCACCAAGGCCGUUUGAGCCUGGACUUGAGCCACCGGGUUGGAGGUGACUACUCAGAGAUGAGAAGCUCCCACGGGUCCAACUCACUGCCCUCCAGCGCACGUCUGGGGUCUUCCUGCCAUCUGCAGUUCAAGACGGAGAGAAUCAAGAUCCCGUCCACGCCCCGUUAUCCUCGGUCCGUCGUGAGCUCUGACAGAGGCUCCCUGUCACACUCCGAGUGCAGCACCCCGCCACAAUCCCCGCUGAGCAUGGACGCUGUGUCCUCCUGUGCCCUGAACCCACCGUCAGCUGCCACCCUACCCCGGGUUGCUGUCAGCCAUGGGGACCAGAGGAAAGACAGGCCCUACAUGGAAGAGCCACGGCUUGUGAGGUUGCAGAAGGGUGCCGAGCCGCUGGGCAUCUCCAUCGUGAGUGGUGAGAAAGGUGGUGUCUACGUGUCCAAGGUCACGGGAGGCAGUAUUGCACACCAGGCUGGCCUGGAGUAUGGGGACCAGCUGCUAGAGUUCAACGGCAUCAACCUACGCAGUGCAACGGAGCAGCAGGCGCGGCUGAUCAUUGGGCAGCAGUGUGACACCGUCACCAUCCUGGCCCAGUACAACCCGCACAUGCGCCAGCUGGGUGGCCAUUCCCGCUCCAGCUCCCACCUGGACCCCACAGGCACCCACUCCAGUCUCCAGGGCAGUGGCACCACCACCCCAGACCAUCCUUCUGUCAUUGAUCCCCUGAUGGAACAAGAUGAGGGCCCAGGCAUGGCCCCCACCAAGCAGAGCGUGCCCAGCACCAGGCCACUGGCAGACGCCUCCAGGAAGCCCCCUGAGCCACGGGUAGUCUUUGUCAAGAAGCCGCAGCAGGAGCUCGGGGUGCACUUGUGUGGGGGGAACCUACACGGGGUGUUCGUGGCCGAGGUGGACGAGGACAGCCCUGCCAAGGGCCCUGAUGGCCUGGUGCCAGGGGAUCUCAUUCUGGAGCUGGGCAGCCUGGACAUGCGGAACAAGACUGUGGAGGAAGUGUACCUGGAGACGCUCAAGCCCAGGGAUGGGCUCCGCCUCAGGGUGCAGCAUCGGCCCGAUGACUUCGCCAAGGUCAAGGGGCUGCCUGGAGACGGUUUCUAUGUCAGGGCUCUGUUCGAGCGGCUGGCGGAGGCGGAGGCAGAGCUAAGCUUCCGAAAGGAUGACAUCCUGUUUGUGGAAGACACCCUGCCUCAGGGCACCUUCGGCUCCUGGAUGGCCUGGCAGCUGGACGAGAGUGCCCAACGGCUGCAGCGUGGCCAAAUUCCCAGCAGAUACGUGAUGGACCAAGAAUUCUCCAGGAGGCUGAGCAUGUCGGAAGUCAAAGACGACGGAGCCACCUCUAAGACGUUGUCUGCCGCAGCCCGCAGGUCUUUUUUCCGCCGGAAACACAAACACAAGCGCAGCAACUCCAAAGACGGGAAGGACCUCCUGGCCCUGGACACCUUCCCCGGUGACUCUGUCUCUCUCUUCGAAGGCAAGUGCCUCCCUUGA